AUGGGCGGCGGGGCCCCUCCCGCCGCUCGGCGAUCGAUUGCCCGCCCUGCGCACGCGCGCCGGGAUGGGCGGGGCCAGCGCCCCUGGCGGACAGAGCGGAACGGGGGGGGAGCCGCUGACAGGAGUGAGAGCGGAGAGAGAGCGGGGAGGCUUGUCCCCAUUUUGGGGGCACUGGGGUCGGGGUUUGUCCCCAUUUUUGGGGCACUGGGGUCGGGGUUUAUCCCUAUUUUUGGGGCACUGGGGUCAGGGUUUGUCCCCAUUUUGGGGGCACUGGGGUCGGGGUUUAUCCCUGUUUUUGGGGCACUGGGGUCAGGGUUUGUCCCCAUUUUUGGGGCACUGGGGCCGGGGUUUGUCCCCAUUUUGGGGGCACUGGGGUCGGGGUUUGUCCCCAUUUUUUGGGCACUGGGGCCGGGGUUUGUCCCCAUUUUGGGGGCACUGGGGUCGGGGUUUGUCCCCAUUUUGGGGGCACUGGGGUCGGGGUUUGUCCCCAUUUUUGGGGCACUGGGGUCGGGGUUUAUCCCUAUUUUUGGGGCACUGGGGUCAGGGUUUGUCCCCAUUUUUGGGGCACUGGGGUCGGGGUUUGUCCCCAUUUUUUGGGCGCUGGUGCCGGCGCUGCCCCCGCCGCCCCUGCGCCGUGUCCCAGCGGCAUCGCCGUCGUUGUCGCCGCAGCUCAACCACAGCCAGGAGGAUUCGAGCCGCUGCUCCGACAACUCGAGCUACGAGGAGCCGCUGUCGCCGAUCUCCGCCAGCUCCUCCACGUCCCGGCGCCGGCAGGGGGAGCGGGACCUGGAGCUGCGGGACAUGGAGCUGCCCGACGUGCACGGCCGGGACCUGCCCGGGCUCGGCCACCGCUUCCUGCCCAGCGAGCCCAGCAAGUGGAACGUGGAGGACGUGUACGAGUUCAUCCGCUCCCUGCCCGGCUGCCAGGAGAUCGCCGAGGAGUUCCGGGCGCAGGAGAUCGACGGGCAGGCGCUGCUGCUGCUCAAGGAGGACCAUCUGAUGAGCACCAUGAACAUCAAGCUGGGCCCCGCCCUCAAGAUCUACGCCCGCAUCAACAUGCUCAAGGACUCCUGAGCCGGGGGGGGGAACCCCAAAAACACCCCCCGACCCCCCCCCCGGGACUCCCAAACCACCCCCGGGGAGGGGCUGGGGGAGGGGGAGACCCUUGUGAGCACAACCCGAGCCCGGGGAGCCCCCGGGUGUGUAAAUAGCCCGUAGGUCUUAGAGCCCCCCCCUCACAGUCUGGGGGGUCACCCCCUCUUCUCCGGCAGGGAGUGGGGGGUCCCCAUGUCCCCCCUGUGCCCCCCACACCCCCCCCAGUCGGCAGGGCCAAGCAGGAUGGUUGCCUUAAUGUGAGCCCCCCUCCCCCAGCUGGGAUUGGGGGUCCCUGGAGGGGGGGGUUGGACCCUCCCCCCAAAAGGGGCUUGGGGAGGGGUGGGGUUCACACCCCCCCCCCACGCUGGGCCGGUUUGGGGGCACCUCAGUACAGGAUGGUGGGAAGGGGGGGCCCCCCGGGCAGGUCAGAACCCCCCCACAGCCCCUCCACCCCCCGGCCCCCGCGGCCUUUUUAAGAAAAGAAAAGGAAAAAAAAAGGAAAAAAAAAAAACAAACCGGCCCCUCCCCCCCCCGGGCUGGAUUUUGGGUUGUUUUUAAUAAACACGG